AUGCGUUUUGACGCUGCAUUCACAGCUCUGGUCUCUUCGGCCACUCUCAUGGGCUAUGCUCAUGCCGAGGAGGCCGAAGCUGCUACCAACGCUGCUGCUGACAUUGAAAAGCCCACUUUCACUGCUACUAGUCUCAAGGCCCCAUUCCUCGAGCAGUUCACUGAUGACUGGGAGACUCGAUGGAAGCGCUCCAACGCCAAGAAGGAUGACCCCAAGUCUGAUGAGGACUGGGCCUAUGUCGGCGAGUGGGCUGUUGAGGAGCCUACUGUCUUCAAGGGCAUUGAGGGUGACAAGGGUCUGGUUGUCAAGAACCCGGCAGCUCACCACGCCAUCUCUGCCAAGUUCCCCAAGAAGAUCGACAACAAGGGCAAGACCCUGGUGGUUCAGUACGAGGUCAAGCCCCAGAACUCUCUGGUUUGCGGUGGUGCCUACCUGAAGCUCCUCCAGGAGAACAAGAAGCUCCACCAGGAAGAGUUCUCCAACGGAACUCCCUACGUGAUCAUGUUUGGCCCCGACAAGUGCGGUGCCACAAACAAGGUUCACUUCAUCUUCCGUCACAAGAACCCCAAGACCGGCGAGUACGAGGAGAAGCACCUCAAGACUCCCCCCGUCGCCCGUACCUCCAAGAUCACCUCUCUUUACACCCUGAUCGUCAAGCCCGAUCAGACCUUCGAGAUCCUCGUUAAUGGCGAGUCCGUCAAGGAGGGCAACCUUCUGGAGGACUUCGCUCCUGCCGUUAACCCGGAGAAGGAGAUUGAUGACCCUAAGGACAAGAAGCCCGCUGACUGGGUUGAUGAGGUUAAGAUCGCUGACCCCGAGGCUACCAAGCCCGCCGACUGGAACGAGGAGGCUCCCUUCGAGAUUCUGGAUAGCGAGGCCGAGCAGCCUGAGGAUUGGUUGGAGGAUGAGCCCACCAGCAUUGCCGACCCCGAGGCUGAGAAGCCCGAGGACUGGGAUGACGAGGAGGAUGGUGACUGGGUUGCCCCCACUGUCCCCAACCCCAAGUGUGCUGAUGUUUCCGGUUGUGGCGAGUGGACUCGCCCCAUGACCAAGAACCCCGAGUACAAGGGCAUCUGGUCCGCUCCUCAGAUUGAUAACCCUGCCUACAAGGGUGAGUGGGCUCCCCGCAAGAUCGCCAACCCCGCCUACUUCGAGGACAAGACUCCCUCCAACUUGGAGCCUAUGGGUGCCAUUGGUUUUGAGAUCUGGACCAUGCAGAACGACAUUCUGUUCGACAACGUUUACAUCGGUCACUCCGUUGAGGAUGCUGAGAAGCUUCGCAAGGAGACCUUCGAUGUCAAGCUCCCCAUUGAGGAGGCUCAGGAGAAGGCUGCUGAGCCUAAGCCCGAGACUCCUGCUCCUGGUACCACCACUACUUUCCAGGAGGACCCCGUGACUUUCGUCCGCCAGAAGGUCGACUACUUCGUCAACCUGGCCAAGGAGGACCCCAUCCACGCGGUCAAGACCGUCCCCGAGGUUGCCGGUGGUCUGUUCACUCUUCUUCUGGGUUCCAUCCUCGUCGCUGUGCUCGCCAUUGGCUCCAGCAGCCCAGCUCCUUCCGCCGACAAGAAGGGCAAGCAGCCCGCCACCGCCGCCAAGGAGAAGACUGGCCAGGCUACCAGCUCUUCCGCCGACACUGGUAAGGGUGGUGCUACCAAGCGCACCACUCGCUCCUCUGCCGAGUAA